CGUGGCAGGAAGCAGCGCGUCACGUGACCGGAAUCGGAGGCGCGGCGGCGAUCACGUGAUCCCGACGGGAACCGCGAUGGCGGCGGAGUGGCUGCUGCUGGCGCUGGCGCUGUCGCUGCCCCCCGAGCGCCCCCUGGCGGCCGAGCCCCGCAAGGUGCAGAUCGGGGUGCGGCGGCGCCCGGAGCGCUGCGGGGAGAGAUCGCGGCGGGGAGACGUGCUCACCCUGCACUACACGGGCACGCUGGAGGACGGGACCCCCUUUGACAGCAGCCUGAGCCGGGAGCAGCCGUUCGUGUUCUCCCUGGGCACCGGACAGGUCAUCAAGGGCUGGGACCAGGGCCUGCUGGGGAUGUGCGAGGGGGAGAAGAGGAAGCUGGUGAUCCCCCCGGAGCUGGGUUACGGGGACCGAGGAGCCCCCCCGAAAAUCCCAGGGGGGGCCGUGCUGAUUUUCGAGGUGGAGCUGCUGAAGAUCGAGCGGCGCCCGGAGCUUUAGGGGGACCCCAAAACGCCCAGAAUUUACCCCAAAUUUCCCCCAAACCCUCCCCCCACAAACCCGGGAUUUUGGAGUCCCCCCCGUUUUUUUUGGGGGGACUUUUUGUGGGAAAACCCCCAAAUUUUGGGGCCAAUAAAGGGUUAAACCCAAAG